GAAGAAAUAGUGGAAGAACUAAACGACAUCCUCGGUGACUCUGACAAAGCACCCACGUACAACGAACUCAUGGAGAUGAAAUUUUUGGAAAGGUGCAUUAAAGAAUGCUUGAGAUUGUACCCAAGCGUGCCAUUCAUCGGCAGGGUAGCCGGAGAAGACAUCAAAACGUCCAACGGCUAUACUAUACCCAAAGGUUGUGAAGUCAAUAUAUACAUUUAUGAGUUACACCGAUCUACCCAGUACUGGGAGGACCCAGAAAAGUUCGAUCCCGACAGGUUUCUGCCCGAAAAUGUCGCAGCCAGACAUCCCUUUGCUUACCUGCCAUUCAGCGCUGGAUCCAGGAAUUGCAUAGGUCUAUAA